GGAAGGGUAUGAUGGUUAUGGGUUCAGUGGUGGGCUGGGUUGCGGCGAUUGUGUUGCUGCAGGUGAUAGGUCUCCACGGAGAAGAAGGUUUGGGUGCCCAGAGAAAAUUCUGGGUACCUGUGUAUCGGCGCGUGGGCCAUUUUCCGACGUCACAGGAUGACUCGGAGGCCGGUGAGUACACUAGUAGUAGAGGUGAGCUGCAUGGUGGUGUGAGAGACUAGUCAUGGAGGAGAGAGAAUAUGGGAGAGCUUCUGAAUUGGAACUCCGAUUCGCGGCUUUCGGCUGUCUAUUGUCGCUUUUGGGUUGUUUGCUUCAAUUCAAGCAGCCAUUGAUUCCUAAGGUAGAGCUUUUGAAUUGGAAAGUUCAGAGCAAAAAAUUGAUGAAGAAACGGGUAUGUAAACCUGAGAGAGAGGGAGGGGGGAGAGACAGAAGCAGAAAAAUAAAUAAAAAAAAUGAGAGAAAAAUUAAAAUUAAAAAAAAAAAAAGAGAAAAAGAGAGAAAAAUAAAAAGUGAGGGGUAAAAUAAUCAUUUCAGACCUAUUGUGUGAGAAUUAGAGAGAGAUUAGUCCUUAUUGUUUAAUUUUAAAAUUUUGGACUAAACUGUUUUUAAGGAAAAAGUAUGAGGAGUAACAAUAGAGGAGUAAUUUCCCAGUAACUGUUGAUAGAUGACUAGUAUAAGGAAUUAGAAAAACAUUAGCUAUUCAAACAACUUAACUUGCACGAAAGAAGGUUGACUUUUGAGUUUUGAAUCUAUUAAAGAUGAAGAUGAGCAGGAUUCUGGUAUUAUCAUCGAUCGAGCAGCUAGUUCCCUUAAUUCAAUUUGGUUUUAAAUAAUCUCAUUGCUCCAAUUCCUGCUAGCCGGAUUCUAUUUCUGUCAUAAUAUAUCUUGUAGUAAGCCUUUUGAGAGAGUUAAUUAGAUUCAAAGAACAGCCAUGGCAAUGAAUGGUAUAAGAAGUAGCUCAAGUCAUAUUUCAAUUGUUAUAGAAGAUAAAGAUGUUGAAGCACUGCAAGACAGGAUGAUGGAAAACCUUUGCAGCGAUUUACCAUUCUCUGACAUAUGUUGCAUCUUCAGAGUUCCCGAAGUUCUCCGGAGACAUAACCCGAAGGCAUACACACCUGAUGUUGUCUCAAUAGGACCCUUUCAUCGUGGCGGUGAAUCAUUUCAACGCAUGGAAAUCGUGAAGCAAUGGUAUUUACAUAACCUUCUCUCACGCAAGAAUAUAAGUUUGAAACAUUUGAUUGAAGCCAUUUUUAGGGAUGAGAAUCGUGCCCGUGAUUUUUAUUCUGAACCACUUGAUCAUCUUAACCAGAGCAGCUUCGUAGAAAUGAUGAUAAUAGAUGGUUGCUUCCUGCUAGAACUAUUUAGGAAGUUUAGGGAUAAGGAACAUGGGCAAAUUAAAUUUAGCGACCCCAUAUUCAACAUGGAUUGCAUGUUUCAAUAUAUAUGCCAUGACCUUUUGCUACUAGAAAAUCAGAUUCCUUGGUUUGUCCUAAACUGUUUAUAUACCCUUACCUUAGACCCCAGGGAUGACCCCUCCCUCAGAAAAUUAAUGCUCACUGUCUUCAGCUCACAUCAUCAACUGGCACAUAAUUGUCGUUCAUAUCUGCACCAUCUAAAUAAUAAUGUCCAUGAUGUAGAUGACGAUGAUAGCAAAAUCUUGCACAUACUUGAUUUGAUAAGAACUUCGAUAGUCUUCCCUUUUAAAGAUCAGUCUCAACAAAAAAAAGAUCAGUUUGAUCUAUCAUUCUAUCAUGACUCGGAGAAGGAAUUGAUGCAUCCUGCGCUUGCUCUCUCAGAGUCCGGUAUUAAAUUCCGAAGGGCAUCCUCCGCUGAUGCUAAAAGCAUAAUGAACAUUGAAUUCAAGAAUGGGACUUUGGAAAUUCCUCAACUAGCAAUUGGAGAGUUGACGGAUUCAUUGUUCAGAAAUCUCAUUGCCUUUGAGCAAUGCUGUCCUGGUCAAUCGCACAAGAUAACAUCCUAUGCCGUUUUAAUGGACAACCUCAUCAGUUCCAGCAAGGACAUGGAGUUUCUUUGUGAGAAAAAAAUAAUUGAUAACUGGCUCAGCGAUGAGGAUGCUUCAAAGUUCUUCGUCAAGCUUUACUAUGACACCGAGCUCAAUCAGUUCUACUAUGCUGGACUCUGCACUAAACUCAAUAAACAUUAUGAUCACAAGUGGAAUAUGUGGCAAGAAAAGUUCAAACGCACCUACUGUUCUGAUCCAUGGAAAUUUAUCUCAUUGACUGUAGCCUUAAUUUUUUCGGUUCUCACUCUGGUGGAGAUCAUAUAUACCAUUCUGGAAUACUAUUAAUCACCACCAUCAAUGGUUCUUGUAUUUCUUCUAUUUACCAUUCUAAAGGUCAAAUGUUUGUACUUCUGUCAUUUACCAUUCCAAAAGCCAAUUGUUAAGGGGCUAGUAAGAUAUAGAUGUGUUUGGAAUUGGUCUAACCGUCUAAUUACAUAGUGCCCCUCUUCAAUGAAUCUCCCUUUUCUGA